GCGCCAUGUCCAUGACCUUGGCCUCUUUGCCGGCUGGGCAGUUAGCCCCUGCCGUGGGCCUCGUGGCGGCCGGCGGCGCCGCGGGCUUCGGCUUGGGCAAGGCCGUGAGCCCCAUGGCUUUGCCUCAGACGGUUGCGGCCUUCCACGCGCUCGUGGGAGGUGCAGCU